UUUAGGACACAAACACAGUGUCGGAUGGGAAGGUAAAAACUUAGAAUCUUGUUUGAACAAUAUUGAUCAUCCCGAGCAUCACGAUGGCCUCAAUCGGGGACUUCGACCCGCUCCAUUCUACAGUACCGGCAACUAAGAUCGAAGUUACUGUCUCGUGCAGGAAUCUGUUGGACAUGGACACUUUUUCUAAGUCAGAUCCUGUUGUCGUGUUGUACAUACAAGGCAUAGGAACAAAAGAAUGGAGAGAGUAUGGCAGAACAGAGGUGAUCGACAACACAUUGAAUCCAGACUUUGUGCGGAAAUUUGUUCUGGAUUUCUUCUUUGAAGAGAAGCAGAAUCUUCGAUUUGAUGUGUACAAUGUGGACACAAGAAGUUCCAACAUCUCAAAACAUAAAGAUUUCCUGGGCCAGACAUUUUGCACACUUGGAGAGAUCAUUGGUUCCACAGGCAGUCGCAUGGAGAGAACAUUAUCCGGGAUUCCAGGGAAGAAGUGCGGCACCAUCAUCUUAACCGCUGAGGAACUCAGCAACUGCAGGGAUAUUGCUACUAUGCAGCUGUGUGCCAAUAAACUGGACAAGAAGGACUUCUUCGGGAAGUCAGAUCCUUUUUUGGUGUUCUACCGGAGCAACGAGGAUGGAACAUUUACUAUCUGUCAUAAGACAGAGGUGGUCAAGAACACUCUGAACCCGGUGUGGCAACCCUUCACCAUCCCUGUGCGGGCGCUGUGUAACGGUGACUAUGACAGAACUGUCAAGAUAGACGUGUAUGACUGGGAUCGAGAUGGAAGUCAUGAUUUCAUUGGUGAAUUCACCACUAGCUACAGAGAGCUGUCCCGAGGCCAGAGCCAGUUUAAUGUGUAUGAGGUUUUAAAUCCCAAAAAAAAAGGAAAGAAGAAAAAAUAUGUAAAUUCUGGCACAGUGACAUUGCUUUCCUUUAAAGUUGAAUCUGAACACACAUUUGUAGACUUCAUCAGAGGAGGGACACAACUCAACUUCACUGUAGCCAUAGAUUUCACAGCAUCAAAUGGCAAUCCGGCUCAGCCAAACUCCCUGCAUUACAUGAGUCCAUAUCAGAUGAACACCUACGCUAUGGCAUUGAAGGCAGUGGGAGAGAUUAUUCAGGACUAUGACAGUGACAAGCUCUUCCCAGCAUAUGGAUUUGGAGCCAAACUGCCUCCAGAUGGCAAAAUCUCCCAUGCCUUUCCUCUGAAUGGUAACAGUGAGGACCCAAAUUGUGUGGGGAUAGAAGAGGUGUUGGAGGCUUACUUCCAAAGUCUUAGAAAAGUCCAGCUUUAUGGGCCUACCAACUUCGCCCCGGUCAUCAACCAGGUAGCAAGGGUAGCGGAGAAUGUGACUGAUGGAUCCCAGUAUUUUGUGCUGUUGAUGAUUACGGAUGGAGUCAUUUCAGACAUGGUGCAGACCAAAGAAGCUGUUGUCAAUGCUUCAGCUCUACCCAUGUCUAUCAUCAUUGUGGGUGUGGGGCCUGCUGAGUUUGAUGCUAUGGAGGAGUUGGAUGGUGAUGAGGUCAGAGUGUCAUCUAGAGGACGCUUUGCAGAAAGAGACAUUGUUCAGUUUGUUCCGUUCCGUGACUACAUUGACCGCUCUGGAAACCAGAUCCUGAGUAUGGCUCGGCUGGCUAAAGAUGUUCUAGCUGAGAUCCCUGACCAGCUGUUGUCCUUCAUGAAGAGCAAAGAGAUUGAGCCACGUCCUGCUCCCCCUGCCGCCAGCAUGCCUAGCAAACCUCCUGUCAACAUGCGCAUCUGAGCAUUUGUGAAUGUUCCUGUCUAACAAAUGUUAGCACCGGUAAAUGCUUAGCAACUAAUACAGCUUUGUGCAGCCAAAAACUUCCAUAUCUACAGAGCUGAAUUAAUUCUUUUAACUUAAAUUUCACACUUUUCUGAUUUAACUAUAUUGUACAGACGCACAGAGAGACAACUAUAGUAAUAAGACAAGAAAUAAAAAUCAGAAUGAGAAUAAAGAAAAAGUAGAGAGCCAAUGAUAAUGACUUGAGAGUCAAUGAUUGACACAGUCUGGAGUGAAAGGGCAUAUGAACUCAACUAAACAUGGCAUGGAUGCCAAAAAGCAAUCCAUUAUUAACCACAGACCAUUCUUUAUGAACCCAGUCCUUUGUGAUCACAGAGUGACCAAGAGAAGAGCACCACAAAAGUUUCUAAAAUUUGGUAACUGGAUGUAUUAAACAUCCUAUGUUUGCAUUUGUGUGCAUUUGUUCUAAAUGGCCUAAGAGGAUCCCUAAUGAAAUAGAGGGUUGAAGACAACAGAUAUAUCUGGAGAAUGUUAUGGUUGCAGCCUGUUGGCAAUCCUACCAAACUUUUUCUCCUAAUUUCUUAAAUAUUGCAGUGCUUUCAUGAUUAAUUAUUGGAUGUUGAUUUCGUGUCUGGGUGCUAAGAAAAAAGAGAACUGAGACGGAGACCUAACAGCCUUCACACCCUGUUUCACUGUCUGCAUGCAGUCCCAAUAAACCUGAUAGAUAUACACUGCCUGGCCAAAAACAACAAGGGUCACCAUCUGGAUUUAAUCAAGCAAAUAGUUGAGAGCCUUCCACUAGAUAAUGGCUGCAGUGAUUAAUAUGAUUCAGCUGGCAACAAGUUAUUUAACCCUAACUGAUACAGUAAGUAGCUUCUCAUUUCUUAAACAGCCAUGUCAGAAGAUGUUCUGUGAUUGUGGCAAAAGUUUUACUGUUUCAGAAAGUUCAAAUUAUUGGCCUGCAUAAAGCAAAGAAAACAACUAGGGAGAUUGCUGCAACUACAAAAAAUGUGUUAAGAACUAUAAAACACAUUAUUGAACCUGUGAAUUGUGGUGAUCUGACCAUCUUUGAGGAAGAAAUGCGGCUUGAAUUUUUUAUUUUUUUUUUGUGAUUGGAGAUCAAACAUUUGCUGAAUCAUUUUCACACAUGGAUUGGCCAAAUGUUAUCCCUACUGAAAAUCUUUGGAAUGUGCUGAAAAAGAUUUUACUCAGCUGUACGGUUCUGCCAUGAACAACACAAGAUCUUGGAGAUUAACAUGAUGAAUGAAACUAAAUGUUGCGACCCUGCACACUAUGGCGAAUGUGUGCCAUAACCAAAGCAAAGGGGGUCCAAAGAAAUAUUAGUGUGUGGCUUUUUUUUUUGGCCAGUCAGUGUAUUCCAUUCUUAUUCACUUCCAUUCUUCUUCAUCAAUCCAGAUUUAUUAACUUCACAGUUGCAAACCGCCACAAUAAAUGCCCUUAUGGCACACUCAAAACGUUAAUGUUUGUUUUUUGGUAGGUUCCUACAGCCAUCAAGUAAUUGUAUUACUUUUUAACCAAGAUAUCAAUGUUUCUAUUCACUUUAUCUCUCUAUUGUUACACUCUCUAAUAAUGAUCAGUGCCUCUCUUCAAAUGAAUGAUUUUUUUCUUGGCUUUGACCUUCCUUUUAGCUAUAACCUGGGAGAUUUUACCAGAUAAAUAAUGUAUUUUGGCAUUACUGUAGCUCUAAAGGAUCGAAUUCCACUUUUCUUUAGAAGCUUGCACUGUCUCUGUGGCUGUUUAGAGUUAAAAAAAAAAAACACAUACAGUACAACAGAAUACACAAGGGCCAAAUAAACAAUCCUCAGUCUAGACUGCAAGGGCACCUUCAAACAUUAUUUCUUCCCAUAUCGAAAGAAACCAGAGAGUGAUAAAUGGAAAGAGCAAAAAGAAUGUGAUCACAACUACCACUUGAAAAUGUAGCACAGGGCCAUUAUGUUAAUUUUUGAGGGAUUCAGAAUAUGCCUCUGCUUAUUUGCAAAUGAAUGCAAAAUUAUUCUGCUCUUUCUCUAGCUCCAUGUCACUGACUCCUGCUCUAGAUGCAUGCAAUAGUUCAUGCCCCAAGUCUUUUGGCUGUUUUGUCCAUCCAUACUGAUGCUACAUUGCAGCAUACUGCAUUAUAGAAUGUCUGAUCAUAGACCAAGUUGAGGCAAAGUGAUCAUACAGUAGCUGCCUAAAUAGUCAAUAUUUCUGUGCGUUAUUUGGGUACUCCAACAGGUUCAGAGGUUCUGGUUGAAGAGAAGCAUAGGAAUGCUAAUGGGUCUUUUAAAACAUUGGGGCAAAUAUAAGGAUUCUGUACAGCAUCAACAAUUCUAUAAUUAUUUAAGUUUUAUUAACGUUUCACUAACACUGGAUGGUUACAAGUUAAAAAAGUUUACAGAUGAUCUUCAUAUGUCUGGCUUCAUUAAGCGUGGGAAUACAGUACCUGUGGACUCAGAUACCUGUACUUGGCUGACAGGCGUUGAAGCUGGUGUGGUCUUUGGUUGCAGACCAUCUGUCUUAAGGUGUGUUUUGUAUUUGAAAUGAUUUUCUAUUCACCACAGUUGUAAAGAGUAGUUAUUUAAGUUACAAUAGUCUUCCUAUUUCCCUGAUCUAAUCUGGACGUUUUUGAGAGUUUUUGAGGUCUCUCAUUUAACAAGGUGUUUCUGCCUCCAGAACUGCUGCUUGCUGAAAAGCUAGCAAGUACUGUAUAGGUGCAAGACAGGCCAAAGUUCCUAUUUAGUUUUAAAAAAAGGCGGUCAGAUUUGAUAUCAUUGGUGUCUAUGGUGUCUCUCAUCUUUUUUAACUUAAAGGGAAACAUAUACAAAUGGCAUAGAAAAGAAUGUUAUUCUUUAUUAGCUCCCAAGAAAAAGAAUAAAUUUUUACAUGCAUUGGUAGUCCAGUUGAUGGGGUUCUAAGCUAUUACUUGGAAGGUUGUGAGUUCAAAUUUCAGUACAGCCAAAGAGCCAAUGUGGGACCUUAGAGCAAAACCCCUAAACCUCUCAAAUAACCCUCAGCUCUAUGAUUGGAUUGUGUCCUGUUUCAGUUAUACUAUGAUGUUAAUAAAAAGCCACUGCCAAAUAAAAAGAAAUCUUGUGAAACUUUUUAUUAUUGGAUUUGUAAAAAAAAAAAAAAAAGCAUCAUAAUAAAUUGAGUGUGUUUCUGUAUAAGAGUAGGGGGCACUAACUUUGUAAUUAUUUGUACUAUGUUGCAGUAUAUGAUAUUGCAUGGUAUCAAAGGGUCUAGUCUAUUUUUGUUGUUACAAUAUAUAAUAUACUGUAUUUAUAUUAUUGUACUGUGCAUAGGUUUUAGCCAGGUGGUAAGAAUGUGUCCAUAAAUAGAAAUGUUAAUAUUUGAAGUUUUUUGAUCAAUUAGCGAAAUGAAAAGUAAAUGAACAAAAGAGAACGAAUCAAAUCAGUAUUUGGUUACCACCCUUUGCCUACAAAACAGCAUCAGGUCGUCUAGGUACAUUUGCACACCAUUUAUGAAGGAACUUGGCAGGUAGGUUGCUCCAAACAUCUUGGACAACUAACCAAAGAUCUUCUGCAGCUGUAUGCUGCCUCCAAUGCUUCUGGCUUUCUGAUGUUGAGAUCAGGGCUCUGUAGAGGCUAAAACAUCACUUCCAGGACUCUUUGUUCUUCUCUAUGCUGAACAUAGUUUUUAAUGACAUUGGCUGUAUAUUUGGGGUUGUUAUGGGCUGCAGCAUUUGCGUACAGUCAGAUACCUCCCUUAUUGUAUUGCAUGAUGGAUAAUUAUCUGUCUGUAAUUUUCAGCAUUGAGGCUUGACAUUAAUCUUGUCCCAAUCUUAACUCUAUUUGUAGAAAUGCAGCCCCAAACUUGUAGGAAACCUCCACCAUGCUUCACUGUUGCCUGCAGACUCUUAUUAUUGUGGCUCUCCUGUCGUUCGGGAAACAACCUGGCUUCUGUUACAGCCAAAUAUUUUACAUUUUGUGAAAAGGAAGAAAGUAUGUUGUGUUUCUCAUCUGCUGCAUAAAGUUCCCUUGGCCAACCACUGUGUCCACUGUCCUCAACAUUUGUUUUUUUGAAACCCCAGUCUACUCUGAAAUCAUUGUCUGGGAGAGAUCUUGCUGAUGCAGUAUAAACUACCUUGCAUCUUGUUCCUGUGCUCAGUCUUGCCAUGGCGUAUGUCCUGUGACAUACAACUUACAGAUGAAAUUGAUCCAUGGCACCUACUUGAUAUAACUGGUUAAUCAUACUCUGACGAUGUGCAAGUGUAAGAAUUGAUGCUGGUUUAAAGCCAAAGAAUAGACACACCUAAUAGUGAUUUGAUUUUUAUAUUUCUCCUGUUUGCUUACUUUGCAUUUCUUCACACCUAACUCAAACUUUUGCACUAUGUUGGUUUUCUAUGAUAGUUUGUUCCUGUAUAUUUUGCUCUGGAUUUUUGUUGUGCUUACACAUAUUCUGUGUAAAUAGCAGAAUAUUGUAGUAUUUGGCACAGAAUACAAUGUAGCUUGCUAAAAAUAGAAUAUAUUUCUCUAGAUAUUUACAUAAAUAACUGAUUUCAUUUGUUAAAGCUUUAGCAUGCAGUGUUAGCUGACAUUGAACAAUGUGCAGUAAUUGUAAUUUUUAACUCACCUUUUAUAUUUUUGCAUGACUAUCUAAAUGCUCAAGUAUGCAUUACAAUGGUAGUUUAUUGUUCAUUUUGUGCACCUUUUCUGGAAGCAAAAUAAGGCAUGCACAGAUAUUAUGUAACUCUCAAAUACGAUGCUAUUCAAGACAGGAGUGCAUAAUGUUUAUUUUUUUACUCCUUCUACAUUUAUUUGUUGCUAAACAUCAUUUUGUCUAACAGUUUACUUGUCAU